AAAAGUAACAUUUUAUACCGAUUCGUGUUUCCGAUCGCCAACAGUAAUGAUAUUGUUUUAAGGAACUAAAGACAUUUCGGCUGGCUUAUUGGUGAAUGCAUUUUCAGUGCAGCGUGUAAGCUUCCCUCGAUGUUCCUUGGCUACAGCAAGCUUUGUGAAUUUUGACAGAUAAACAGUUUGUUUUCAUUUGGUACACACUUCGCAGCAAACAACGAAAAAUUAGGGCAUUUGUCCUGUUUGUACCGGUUUGCAACGCCAAGAAUUGCUUUCUAACGAGUGCGGAGAGUAGAAGGUGAAGCGUAAACAUUCAUAAUGUCUAGUGCGACGCAAAUCUGUAUGUCUCCUCGAAGUGGCGGUGGUGGUGGUGGAACCGGCGACGUGAAGCUUGUGCUGAAGCAGAAACCCGGAUCAUCGCCGAACUCCGCCGUUGUUUAUCAGUCCGAUUCGAACGAUGGUGUCUUGGGUGGCAACGUAAACAACCCGCUGGUGUCGGUAGACGGCGAUGGGGACGAUUCUCCCACCUUCCUAAAACAAGAACCGUCAGGCAAUCAUUAUCCCUCCAACUCCCGGCCAAAGCGCUCGUCCUCGGCUUCACCGGCUUCCUCUCCGUCGCCCACUCAGCUUGCCGCACCGGAGUCGAGCGUCGAACCAACGGGAUCAGGUCAUAGAUCCGGCGGGGAGCCCGUUCCGGUGGCCAUCGGCAGCGGCCACGGAAGUGCCAACACGGCAAACUACCAUAAUUUUAUCGCACGUCUAAUAAGCAAGGACAACAUGCUGUUGAUCAGCGAGGACGUGAUCGAGGUCGGGCGCAACUCGUCCAAGUCGCAGGUGGACUUCCACGUGGGCAAGAAUAGUUUCAUCUCGCGGAAGCAUUUCAUCAUCCAGCACGACAUGAACGACGAGUUUACGCUGUUCUGCAUCAGCAAGAACGGGGUGUUUAUCGAUAACGUGUUCUACCGCAAGCGCGGAGAACCGUACAAACUUCCGAAGCUGUGCAGCAUCCGUUUUCCGAACACCAACAUCAAAAUCCAGUUUGAGAAUCUUAUCGACCAGGCGAACAACGGCAUCAUGGUGGACCUGAGCGAGCACACACCGGUCAAGAUCGGUACUGGGCCGAUGGGCGGUAUCCCGCUGCACGCCGGUUCCAUUACGGGAUCUACCAUCGGAGCCCUGUCGAAUCUGCAGCAGGGGCGUGGCGGUAUCUCGGUCAUCACUGGUGACCAGCAUAAUCCCGAUGGAGAGUCGCCAUCGUCGACCGUCAUCUAUGCACCGUUGAAAAUUUCGAUUCCACCCGAGCAAGGAGCAAGUACCAGCGGCACGAUGAUCCAACGUGGCGUUGGCGGCAAUGGUUACCCAUCGCCAACUGGGACAAUCAGCGCAGCGAACAGCUGCCCUACUAGCCCCCGGCAGAAUGUGCAUGACUUUGGCCACUACAGCAGUGCGCGCCACCGCACUACCCACGCUACGGGCGGUGGGGAUAACCACAAUAGCAGCAACACCAGCGGCAACAACUUUUCCGAAUUCCAAGCGCCUGCCACGCAUUCGUUGGAAAGCGAUAAACCACCGUACAGCUACGCCCAGCUGAUCGUUCAAGCUAUCUCGGCUUCGCCGGACAAGCAGCUGACGCUUUCGGAGAUCUAUUCUUUCAUAUCGAAAAACUACCCGUACUACCGCACUGGGGCGAACAAGGGUUGGCAGAACUCCAUCCGGCACAACUUGAGCCUGAAUCGAAACUUCAUCAAGGUGCCGCGUUCGCAGGACGAACCGGGCAAGGGUAGCUUCUGGCGAAUAGAUCCAUCGAGCGAGCUGAAGCUGGUCGAUCAGAGCUACCGGAAGCGCCGUCAGCGCGGUUCCCAAUGCCUGCGCAUGCCAUCCGGCAUGCCCCGUUCGGCCCCGGUUUCGCCCAGCUGCACGGACAACUCGCGCGAAGGUUCACCGAUUAACGAGGAGCUGCUCCUGUCGGCUCCUGGCUCGCCCGGACAAAACAACAGUGGCUACCAGCCGUACGCCGGUCAGCAGUACACGGUGUACGAGAGCACCGAGCAGAUGCACGCCGAGACGUACGAAGAGGAUGAGCAGAUCGAGUACGAGAGCGACGACUACGAACCGGGCCACAAGCGUCAAAAGAUGUAAUUGUCGUCGUCGUAUAGGCGCGGAAACAUGUCGGCUAUUUCAUGAAAUACAGUGCAAGCUGCAGUAGAUUAGUGUCACUAUUCCUCGUCGUCUGGCGUCAAUCUUCGCCAUCAUCUAUUCAAGAAUGGAUGUUUAAAUGGAGAGUUAGUAUUCGAUACACAUUUUUUCAAACUAAGCUUACUAUUAUGUUUUUUUAAAUCAGCUAUAUCCCAACCCGAUGCGUGCGUUUUACGAAGAGAAUUUCAUUUGUAAUUGCUGAUAGUAAAAUAGUAAUAAUAAUAAAGAUAAACAUACAAUAAUGA